AUGCUUGUCAUCAGAAUAGUGAACAGUUGCAAGUUUCUGCUGCGUCCGCAGUGGCUUUCUCACGUGCUGGCCCCGACGUCGUCGGCGACAGUGUGUACUUCGUCUGCAAAGCUUGGUGCGACGUAUAUUCCGGACAAGACGUUGCAGGAGAUGCCAAAGGACUUCAAAGAAAACCCGGAGCUGCGACCGAUGUACCCGCCUAAAGCACGUCUGUUGAUCUUCCCGGACACGUGGUUCCAGGCAUUCUACCAGUUCACUGGCGUCACCGGACCUUACCUGCUUGUCGGCGGUUUGUCUUUAUUCAUCAUACAAAAGGAGCUGCUCGGCGCGCAGCAUGAAAUGAUCGUGUUCCUGAGCCGGCUUGCGCUGUUCGUUUACUUGGGUCGCAAGUUUGGUACCUAUUUCGCCCGGUGGGCCGAGUACGACGUACAGGAUUUGGAGAAGUACCGCGAUGACCGGGUCAACCAGCACCUGAACCUGAUGAAGAACAGUGUGGCGACCAGCGGCCAAAAGAUCAAGUGCUACUCGACGGUCGUGCCGAUGGUCUACGAAGCGAAGCGCGAAAACGUCGCUCUCCAACUUGAGGUCGAAUACCGCAAGCGUUUGGUGGCGGCGCACAAAGAGGUGAAAAAGCGCCUCGACUAUAUGGUCGACAUUGUCGGCGUCAGAAGGGAGUUCCAGCGCCGCAACCUCAUCGACUGGGUGGUCAACGAGGUGAAGAAAAGCAUCACGCCCGAACGUGAGAGGGAGACGUUGCAGAGCUGCCUGGUGCACCUCAAGCAAAUAGCCGAUCGUUCUCAGCUACUUGUGUAG